AUGGCUGCCGCAAUCUCUUCCUUCUUCAGACAGUCAACCUGGAUCCCUACACCUGAACUGACCGAGAAGAAUCUGCCGAACCAAGCCGGACGCGUCUUCAUCGUCACUGGUGGCUACGCAGGUAUCGGCUACGAGCUCAGCAAGAUCUUGUACCAGCAUGAUGGCACUGUUUACGUUGCUGGACGCUCGGAGGAGAAGGGAAACAAGGCAAUCGCCUCGCUUCGUGAAGCUGUGCCUAACUCUAAGGGCAAGCUCGAAUUCAUGAAAGUUGACUUGGCCGACUUGACUACCAUCAAGCCUGGAGUUGAAAAAUUCCUGGCCCAAGAAUCGCGUCUUGACGUCCUCACGAACAAUGCUGGUGUCAUGACACCACCCAAGGGCUCCAAGACAGCUCAAGAGUAUGAGCUUCAGAUGGGAACGAACGUUCUUGGCUCAUUCCUGCUCACUAAGCUUCUGCUUCCGAUCAUUGAGAAGACGGCUGCCUCGUCGCCCGCUGGAUCAGUACGUGUGACCUGGGCUGGCUCUCUUGCCGUCGACCUCAUGUCUCCCACUGGUGGCGUGGCAUGGACGGAUGGUGAGCCCACUGUUCAUGGCACCCAGGAAGCCAACUAUGGCCAAUCAAAGGCUGGCAAUGCGCUCCUUGCCAGCGCCUUGCGUCGCCGUGUCGAGAAGUCCGGUGUGGUCUCGAAUGCAUGGAAUCCCGGCAACUUGAAGUCAGAGCUACAAAGACACAUGCCGAGCGUGCAGGCUAUGUUUGUCAACAUGAUCGUCUAUCCCGUCGUGAAUGGUGCUUACACCGAGCUCUUCGCUGGUUGGGGUGAGGAAGCUGGACAAGCCGAGAAUGCUGGCAAGUUCAUCAUUCCAUGGGGCCGAUUUGGACCCGUACGCUCAGAUGUUGCAGAAGCUAUGCAGAACGGGGGUGACGAGAAGCUUUGGGAGUGGUGUGAGAAGGCUUCUGCAAAGUAUUCUUGA